CCUCCUCCUCGCAGGCCUCGUCGCGCCUGGGCGCCGCCGACGGAGGAGACCCCGGGGGGAGGCUGCUCGGAGAGGCCCUGCCCAGCCCCGGAGGCACCGUCACCGAGGCCCCACGCACCGUCAAGAAGAUCCAGUUUGCUGACCAAAAACAAGAAUUCAACAAGCGUCCCACGAAGAUAGGUCGCCGCUCGUUGUCCCGGUCCAUCUCUCAGUCAUCAACAGAUAGUUACAGUUCCGCGGCCUCCUACACAGACAGUUCAGACGAUGAGACCUCCCCCCGGGACAAGCAGCAGAAGAGCUCCAAAGGCAGCAGCGAUUUCUGCGUGAAGAACAUCAAGCAGGCUGAGUUUGGGCGCCGGGAAAUCGAAAUUGCUGAACAAGAAAUGCCUGCGCUCAUGGCCUUGAGGAAACGCGCUCAGGGAGAGAAGCCGCUGGCCGGAGCCAAGAUUGUGGGCUGUACACACAUCACGGCCCAGACCGCUGUUCUCAUGGAAACCCUCGGUGCCUUGGGGGCUCAGUGCCGUUGGGCCGCCUGCAACAUCUACUCGACCCUCAACGAAGUGGCGGCUGCCCUGGCUGAGAGCGGCUUCCCUGUCUUUGCUUGGAAAGGAGAAUCCGAGGACGACUUCUGGUGGUGCAUCGACCGCUGUGUCAACGUGGAAGGGUGGCAGCCAAAUAUGAUCUUGGAUGAUGGCGGGGAUCUCACCCACUGGAUCUACAAGAAGUAUCCCAACAUGUUCAAGAAGAUCAAGGGGAUUGUAGAGGAGAGUGUUACAGGGGUCCACAGAUUGUACCAGCUAUCGAAGGCAGGCAAGCUCUGCGUCCCAGCCAUGAACGUCAACGACUCCGUCACCAAACAGAAGUUUGACAAUCUCUACUGCUGCCGGGAAUCCAUUCUAGAUGGUCUUAAAAGGACAACUGACAUGAUGUUUGGAGGAAAGCAGGUGGUCGUCUGCGGCUAUGGAGAGGUCGGCAAGGGCUGCUGUGCUGCGCUGAAGGCCAUGGGCUCCAUCGUGUAUGUGACAGAGAUAGACCCCAUUUGUGCCCUGCAAGCCUGCAUGGAUGGCUUCCGGCUUGUGAAACUGAACGAAGUCAUCCGGCAAGUCGACAUCGUCAUUACCUGUACAGGAAACAAAAACGUAGUGACCAGAGAACAUCUCGACAGGAUGAAGAACAGUUGUAUUGUUUGUAACAUGGGACAUUCCAACACCGAGAUUGACGUGGCCAGCUUGCGCACGCCGGAGCUGACGUGGGAGAGGGUGAGGUCUCAGGUGGACCACGUCAUCUGGCCGGACGGGAAGAGGAUCGUGCUUCUGGCAGAGGGCCGCCUGCUGAACCUGAGUUGCUCCACCGUCCCUACAUUUGUGCUGUCCAUCACCGCAACCACCCAGGCCCUGGCCUUGAUAGAGCUCUACAACGCCCCCGAGGGACGCUAUAAGCAGGAUGUCUACCUGCUUCCUAAAAAAAUGGAUGAGUACGUGGCAAGCCUUCACCUCCCGACGUUCGAUGCACACCUGACGGAGCUCACGGACGAACAGGCGAAAUACCUGGGGCUGAACAAGAACGGGCCUUUCAAACCAAACUACUACAGGUAUUAAUCCCCUUCUGGCCGUAGCUGGACGGAGGGACGGAGGGCUCCCCACCGCUCUUCCCGGCUACUUUGUACAGGACAAGAACCCAGGACAAGCUUCUCGACGUAGAACCGUCUCGCUGCCGUCGUCCACCGCGCGUGUGUUAGGUCUAUUUAUUUAUUAAAACUAGGAAUACUGUCAACGCGGCCUCUGCCACUGGUGUUUCUUGAAAACUGCCACAGGACUGUGAGGAGGAAGGAUGGCUUUGUUUUGGGGGGUGGGCCCAGGGUGGUGAGAAAGGGGGACGGAAGAGGAGGGCAACUACGCAUUGGAUGGCAGGCUUUGGCCAGCUUUGGAGCAGUCUCGUUCUCACUGUUGUGUCUAGUCCUCUUUACGGCAGGGAGUUUGGAGGAAGCGGACAAGAUUCGGACAGAGUUGGAAGCAAACCCUGAAAGGAUCCCUGGAGUUCUUUUGGGCCUUCUUUCCAAGCCGUGGCGAGAAAACCCAAGGCAGAUCCAUGCAAUGCAAUGCCUCUGAAGACUCCCUCCUGCUUCUUUUGACUCUGGAUACUGCUGCUGCUGCUAUUGCUGCUUUACUCAUUGUAGGAAACUGUUCUUAACAUGGCUGUAGACCAAGGUGGGGGUGGGGAGGGGUGUAUUGGCAUCUUUCAAGGAGGACUCCAAAAAGUGUGUCUCUUUGCUGCAGAAGUAGCUUUCCCAGAGCCUUGCAAACAUAUUGUGUCCCUUUUUGCAGGGUUUGUGAGCAAACAAUUCCAUUGCUUUCCCAAACCUGCCCAAAGCUCUCCUCUGGAACGUCGCAUGUCCAUUGGCCCGACAUUAUAAUUUGACCACCCAAACCCGACCUGUAGGCACCUUCUGAGAGUGCAAACCCACCUUUCAUCGCAAUGAGAACGCCGUCUCUCUCUCUCUCUCUCUUGGUCCCUUUUUGGCUCACCGUCCUUCUCUUUGCAGAACAAUGUCAACUUUGUGCCCCGUCUGCACUGCCAUAUAAAAUCCAAAUUAUCUGCUUUGAACUGGAUUAUAUGGAAGUGUAGAAAGGACCUUGGUUUCCCUACUUUUCUGAGCAUCGUUCUUUCUGUCCUUAGUGGCUGGCUUUCUUUAGCGCAGGCAUUCCAAACAUUUUCACGUUCUUGCUCAAGAUCGAGCUGAUUUCAAAUCAUGCGAAUGGAUAUGUGUGAUUGUAUUGUCGAAGGCUUUCAUGGCCGGAAUCACUGGGUUGUUGUAGGUUUUUUCGGGCUGUGCCAUCACACCCAGAUCCUAUAAAAUUAAAACUAAAAUGUGCUUCUCUCUUUGUCUGGGCGGACCACGGGGGGUCUUUCUUUAGAAGCUCAAAAAUUCUCAGCAACUGAGGCCACUUCAGAUUUGGAACAUCAAAACAGAGUAUUUAUUUCUCAAAGUCCUUGGCAGACUUGGCACAGCUUGUCAAAGUUACAAACAAAACAGUCAAAUGAUGAAACCAUAGAGAUGAUCUUUCUUUCUUUUUCCUUCAGUUACUGAGGUAAUUCUCCCCCAAAUGGUAGAAAAUAUCCUGGGAUCCUUUCACCCUAACCCUGAGCAGGUUUUUCCCUAUCUAUAGCUCAAGGUUAGCUUUGGAGAUGAAGUAAUGCUCAAUAAUAUUCAAUAACUCAAUAUCUAUCUAUAACUCAAUUCCUCACUUGCUAUCUAUCUAUCUCAAUUAGCUUAUUUAUCUAUAUAACUCAAUCAUAUCUCAAUUGCUAUUCUCUCUAUCUAUCUAUCUAUCUAUCUAUCUAUCUCAGUUAGCUUCUUUAUCUAUAUAACUCAAUUGUACUUACAAUGAUUUUUUCAGAGCUCCCUGCCUGACCAACAGCACAUCUGAAACUUUCUUUCUCUACACUGAAGGAGGCAGGGGAGAUUCCAAAAUGGAGAUUUCCAACCCUAGGAAAAAGGGCGGUCUCGACACCCAAAGAGAUACCUUCCUAAACCAAUAGCUGCAAAAGGGGCUGCAGGCCGGCUUUGCAGACUCUGAUACUGUUUAACUUCCAGGGUGCUGCUGGGUUGUGGCAGCCCUGGGAAAAUGCAAAAGAACACUAUCCCAUGCAACUAAAAGGUAAUGCAAACUAUGCUCCUGGAAGACAGAAUAUGGGAUAUAUGGCCAUGUUCUAGAGGCAUUCUCUCCUGACGUUUCCCCUGCAUCUAUGGCAAGCAUCCUCAGAGGUAGUGAGGAUGCUUGCCAUAGAUGCAGGGGAAACGUCAGGAGAGAAUGCCACUAGAACAUGACCAUAUAGCCCGAAAAAACCUACAACAACCUAACAUUAGGAAUUGUCCUGGCCUCCUUGAAAGUUUAGCUUUUUCGAUAUUUCCCAUUGCAAAGUUUACCUCUUUGCAAUGUUUUCCUUGCAAAAUUACCUCUUUUAGUAUUUUUUUUCCCAUUGCAAAGGGAUGGUUUCUGUUGUGAUCUUCAUAGGAAAAGUCUGUUGAAGAAUCCCCACCCGAAAAAAAAUGCAGGAAACCUAAAUCAUUCCAAUAGUUGUGACCCUAAAAGUGUGAGAAUUGGGUCUUUUCUCAUAGUCGGUCGCUGGCUAAACCAUGUCAUGCUGCUGUCCUCUUUUGUCAAUGUAUUUGUGAUGAUCAAUUUUUGUGUUAAUUGCAUUUGAACGAAGGGGAAAGGAAGAAUUCUCCCGUUGGGAAAGAAAGAGGACUUGGUAAAUUUCCCCUUUGUUUCCUGCUUGCUUUUCUUUCCGCAAAACCUUGUUUCUCCUUCCUAAUCGAUCUGGGAUCUAUCUCCUCCCUCUGCGAUCCCCAAUCAAUCAAUGUUUUGUUUUGAUUCAUGUCCCAAUUUGCAAAGAGUAUUGGAACCAAAACAAACCAACCCACCCAUACGGCGACACCAGCAAAAAUCACAAAAGAGGGCAAAAUCAGGAAACGCGCGAUAAGGAAUGAUUAUAACAUUCCGAAUGUCGGAAACCAGGAAAACCGAAACCGCGAACGGUCCGUUCUCCGAUGAAGAAGUUUUUAAAGAAAAGUAUGAGAUUAUAAUAUUUUCCAAAAAAAGAAAGAGAGAGGAUGUUUUAAAUAUUCAAUGUCUUUUGAGUGAUUGUAUUAGAUCAGCAAUAAGGACUCUGUAAUCUCAAAACGUACAAAUAAAAUCUUGUAAAAUCCA